AUGGUACUCAACAAUUCCCAAACGUCUACACACACUAAUAACAGACGUCCAUUCCCUCCGGUGCCAUCUCCUGCAGUUCCCUACGAUUAUACCCAAAGUCGCAUGUCCGCCGACUCCCCUCCCGGCGCCGGCCGCCGGAGCCCUCCGAUCCUCGAAGGAAUCGCCGCCGUCGUCGGAGAACACGUCCUGUUCGGCGGCAGCAUCAGCCACAACCACACCGAAUCUCCGAUCGCCGGCGAAAACCGAAACCCGGACAGCGCCGCCGCCGCGCCGAGGAGCUACCGGGGAGUGAGAAAGCGGCCGUGGGGGAGGUGGUCGGCGGAGAUUCGCGACCGCAUAGGGCGGUGCCGCCACUGGCUGGGGACGUACGACACGGCGGAGGAAGCCGCGCGUGCCUACGACGCGGCGGCGCGUCGGCUCCGGGGGGCUAAAGCGAGGACCAAUUUCCAAAUUCCUUCCGUCUUGCCGUCGCCGAGCUCUUCCAACUCUUCCUCCUCCGGCCGGCCGGAGAAGAGAAUCCGGCCGAACAGUAAAUUGCAGAAAAAAUGCUCCGUUGUAACUUCUCCGGCGCAUCUUUUCGGGCCGGGCGGGCCCGGCCCUCCCGAAAUAAAGGCGGGUAAUGGCGAUGUCGGGCUGGAGCUUGGUCUGAAACUCGGUCGAGAUUUUAGGGCAUCAAUGGUGGCUUAA